CAGCCGAAAUGCACAGCAUGUCUUACUCAAACUUUAUUGAUGUCUUUUCAAUUGUUUAAUGAAGCUGAAAAUGUCACUUAUAAUCAGUUCUAACGGUCUCAUAGAACGUUAACAUCAGAAAUACGGGCUAAUGGUGGUGGCAGGAUGUCUUUUGGGUGGUUCGUUUGUAUUUUUUUACUGGCAUUGAGCGAAACAAAAGCGACAGGAGAUGAAGAAAAUUAUAUCUUUCCUCCAGAAGGCUAUAAUAAAAUAGAAUCUGGGAAGCAUGAUGCUCCUCGUCAUGUGAAUUUCUCUUUGGUGAUUGAAUCUGUUAUCAGAAUUGAUGCCACUAUGAUGGAGUUUGUUUUGAAUAGUUAUAUCGUGCAAGAGUGGACUGAUGAACGUUUAAAACGAGAUAAUCAUCACGAGAUUGUCCUGCAAGAUGACAACGAGAUAUGGACACCUGAUAUAUACUGCUUAAAUUGUAGACAGUCAACACUUGGCACAAAAACAGGAAGGGUUUUGCUUCGUAUUGGAGUAGACGGAAGGAUCUAUCACAGUCAACCGGGACUGCUACAUGCAGCUUGUAAUUUUAAAUUCCAGUUCUUUCCGUUUGAUGUUCAAUAUUGCGAUAUAGAGUUUGCCAGUUACAGUCACAAUAGCAGUGUUGUUCAGUUAUUCCUAAAAGAUGCAUAUUUUCUUGCACGGAAGGAUUUAGAGCAAUUUACCGUUGAAAAGGACAUAAAAACAUCCUCAAAAAUCGUGAAUUACUUGUCAGGCAAUUACACCGUCCUUCAAGUCGAGCUCAAAUUCAUGAGACAAAUCGGUUUCUACUUAAUACGAAUCUACUUCCCAACGAUCAUCCUCGUUUGUUUAUGUUGGAUCGCAUUUUGCGUUUCACCAUCAGAUAUUGAAACACGAUUGACAAUUGGUAUCACGUUGAUUCUCUCAAUGAUCUUCUUGCUUGGAUACAGCGAUACAUCUCUACCUAAAGUGUCAUAUAUCAAGGCAAUUGAUUGGUUCAUGAUUGUGUCUUUAGUUCUCAUUGUGUUGAUUGUGUUAGAAAGUGUUGGCGUGUAUUGGUAUUUAAGCAGGGACGAAAAUGAACAGAACGAUACCGAAUCUAAGGCAACCACAACAACUGGGAUAGACAAAAAUAUGGAUAACGCCAGAGAAUCUAACAUACCCGUUGAAGACGAUUCGUUUGACUCUAGCACCAAUAUAAACAAUGGAAUGCAUGGUGAAGAAGGCGUUAGGUUACGUUUGCUAGGCUGCAAUUUAUUUAAAUCCAAUUGCAAGAAUGCAGUAAAGAAAAAAAUGGACGCCAAGACAAGAGUUGCAAAGUUUGAACUUAUAGCUAGAAUUGCCUUCCCGUUGGUUUUCUUUGUUUUUGCUGUAAUAUAUGGACGGCAUUAUACACAAAAAUUUCAUGAAUAAGAAUUCGCUGUAAAGUUGGAGAAAAUAAAGUCUGUGUAUAGAGACAAUAUCCAUUGAAGAGAUGAAAUGUUCAAACGGUUUGUCGUAUUCUGCACAACUAAUGUAAAGGAGAUAUCUCCGCACAUGCACCAUAGAAGUUAAAAACUGUAAUUUAAACUGUAAUUUUUUUUGCAAAACUUAUUUUUGUGAUUUAGAAGCCUGAAAAUAAUUUUUGGGGGACCAAAGUUUUGCGAUUGCAAUAUGUAGAAGAAAUUAUUUGCAAGCUCAUUUUUUAUGAUUUUUUUUUUUUAAUAUUGAAUUUCCUUUUACUUAUCGCCUUUCUAAAUUUAAAAUAUUCUUUCAAUGAUUUUUUAAAAUAUUUUGAUCGAUUCAUUUUUUCCAAGUGUAAAAAAGUGGCAAAAAUAAAUUCCGCGAAAAUUGCUUCUACAAAAACUUCUUUCCUUAAGGUAGUACAUAUCUGACAAAAGUUUGUCUAAUAAAACAGACUUGCUGCACAAAUUUUCCAUAAAUAAUUUUAUGGUUUUUAAACCGUGUUCUUCAUAGUACUUUUGACUCCACAACAAAUUAAAUAACAGCUUUAUUUCCACUCGCAGUUAAACAAAAACAAACCUGCCAGUGCCAUUAACAUUUUGAUUGAAUCCGAUUUUAUUUUGUCGCAAUAAAAAAGACUAUUUGUAUCUUCAUUCCCUUGCUGUGAAACUGAAAGGACAAAUUUUGAUUUUCAAUAACUCUGCACACAAUCAAAGACGUAAUGUGCUGUGUAUCUAAUAUAAUUUUUGCUCUGGUUAAGAUAAAAAAGAUAUGAUAAAUUUGUCUAACUUUAUUAUGAGUGGGCGUCGUUACUUGUAUUUACAACUUCAUAUUAUACCGCCGACAUAAAUUCUAUCAAACCGUGUAAAAUCUCCCGAAUUGAACAAUUCAAUCCAAUGCCCGACAAGAUGUUAGAACAAAUCUGCAAAAUAUUGAUUUUUAAGACAGAAUGUCUCCAUAGGAAUAGUUCAAGCUUAAUAUAAGCUCUAAAAAAGACCCUUAUAAGCCGUCGGUUAUUUGUGGCUAACGCACUUUAUGUUUUCCGCCCUUAAUAAGAAGGAUUUUUUGACUUCAUGCAUAGUCAG